GAGUAAGGAUAAAAAUUCACGAAAUAAGUGACAAAAAUCUUGGAGUAAUAAAUAAUCGUGAGAAGUGAGAAGAAUAAAUGAAGAAUUAAUCAUGUCAAUGAGAUUAUUAGCAAGAAGAGCUCAAAGACUUUUGAAAAAUCGUCAAGAUGUGGUUCAACCUUUCAAAUACCUUCUUGUUCUCGACUUUGAGGCCACUUGUGAGAAAGACAUCCCUAUAGAAACCCCAGAAAUAAUAGAAUUUCCGUGUGUAGCCCUGAACACUCAAAGUUGGGAGAUCGAGGAAAUCUUUCACAGAUACAUAAAGCCCCGCGUUAAGCCCAUCCUCACCCCUUUCUGCACAGAAUUAACUGGAAUAAUGCAGGAGACUGUUGAUGAUGAGGAACACUUUCCUCAGGUUUUUAAAGACUUCUCCAGUUGGAUGCAGAGAAAUAACUUCGAUAAAGACAAGUGCGCAUUUGUCACCUGUGGUGAUUGGGACCUGAAGGUGAUGUUGCCGGGUCAGUGUGCCAUUGAUGGACUCAAGGUGCCUGAAUACCUGAACAAGUGGAUUAAUUUGAAGAGGAGCUACUGUGAAGCCACCCAGAUCUAUCCCAAAAGUCUCAAUGACAUGAUCAGGAGGCUGAAGCUACAACCCCAAGGGAGAGCUCACUCUGGACUACAUGAUUCUAUCAAUAUGGUCCAAGUUAUAGAGACAUUAGCUAAAAAUCAUAAAGCGAAAUUCGAUUUGACGUCUGUAAGAUAAUUCGGGCCUUAUGUGUGUUUUUGACAAUAAAGGUUUUAUAGAGAUCAUUUAUUAAUUAUUUUUCCUUGCGAAUAUAAAGGAUG